AUGACCGGAAUUUGGAAACAUACUCGGUUGCCCCCGCGGCAAUCGCCUGCUACCGAAUACUAUGAUCUCGGCAAAUUUCAACGAGCUAUUAGUUCUAGCAGCCCAGAGGCUCAGGUAUGGUUCAAUCGUGGCCUGAUCUGGGCCUACGCUUUCAACCACCAGGAAUCAGCACGGUGCUUCGAACAAUGUGUCAUGUUUGACCCAAGCUGCGCAAUGGGAUAUUGGGGCCUUGCCUUUGCCCUAGGCCCGAACUACAAUAAGCCAUGGAAACUCUUCGAUGGAGAAGAUCUCUCAGUCACGACGUCGCGUGCAUACAGUGCGGUCGAAGAAGCCAGAAGGUGCAUGGCUCGCGCAACCCCGGUUGAGCGCGCUCUGAUCGAAGCGUUACAAUGUCGAUACCCCCAGGAGCAACCGGUCGGAGAUUGCACAGAAUGGAAUCAUCGAUAUGCUGACGCAAUGACCUCCGUCUAUCAACAAUUUCCAAAUGAUCUAGAUGUUGUCGCAUUGUAUGCUGACGCGUUGAUGAACUUGACACCAUGGAGUCUGUGGGAUCUGGCCUCUGGAAAGCCUUUACCUGAGGCUAGGACUCUUGAUAUCAAAGAUGCUUUGGAUAGCACUUUGAUCCGAGAUGAUGCACUCCAACACCCUGGACUGCUGCACUUGUAUAUCCAUUUGAUGGAGAUGUCAUCAACCCCCGAAAAGGCUCUCCCAAUCGCCGACAACCUACGAGGUCUGGUACCAGAUGCUGGCCAUCUCGAGCAUAUGCCAACUCAUCUGGACGUCUUAUGCGGCGACUACCGCCGGGCUGUGGCUUCGAACACCUCUGCGAUCCGCGCCGAUGAGAAAUUCCUUGCCAACCAAAGCCUAGGCCAUUUUUAUAAUCUUUAUCGCUGUCAUGACUACCAUUUUCGUAUGUAUGCAGCGAUGCUAGCGGGACAGUCGAAGGUCGCGCUUGACACCGCUUCCCAGCUUGCGGAAUCCAUUACAGAGGAUCUGCUUCGUGUGGAAUCGCCUCCCCUUGCUGACUGGUUAGAGGGGUUUGUUGCUACACGUGUGCAUGCGCUGGUUCGCUUCGGUCGUUGGGAGGAUAUCAUUUUCAUGGAACUCCCUCGCGACCAACAACUCUACUGCACUACGACUGCAAUGAUACACUACGGCAAAGGCGUUGCGUUCGCUGCGACUGGCCGCGUCGAGGAAGCAAAAUCACACCAGGAAUUAUUCCGGUCGGCGGUAAAAAUGGUUGCUCCUUCUCGAACCAUUUUUAACAAUACUUGCGCGGAUAUCCUUGGAGUCGCAGGGCCGAUGCUCGAAGGCGAAAUAUCAUAUCGUGCUGGAGACUAUGAUGCCGCCUUCGCUAGUCUGCGUGCUGCAGUUGAGAAGGACGACAAUUUGCCAUAUGAUGAGCCAUGGGGUUGGAUGCAGCCUGCUCGACAUGCUCUGGGGGCGUUGCUGCUAGAACAGGGACGGGUCGAGGAAGCUUUAGAGAUCUAUGCCGCUGAUCUUGGCAUAGAUGAUUCGCUGCCCCGGGCAUUGAGACACCCAAAUAAUGUGUGGGCACUUCACGGCUAUCAUGAGUGUCUCAUUAAAUUAGGUCGAAGGGCCGAGGCCCGGAUCCUCAAACCCCAGUUGGUGUUUGCAAUGGCCAUGGCAGAUAUAUCGAUUCGAUCGUCGUGUUUCUGUCGCCUCAAGACUACAAAUUGA